AUGUUGGGAACGACCAGAGUUUCUGUGAAGUGCGCUCUGCUGCUCUUGAUUGUCAGGUUCAACCACCCCGACGGCCGCGAAUGCGAUGAGAAGCCCAGGGGUGGAAAGGCCCGGUUAGAAGUGAUGUAUGCUCAGAUGUCUUCAUCUGCACAUCCUGUCCGCCCAACGUGUUGGAUGCAUAUGCUUUCUUGCAAGGGCAUGGGCAAGUCGGGCAAGGGAGGCAAGAACGGGCCCUGCACUUUCCGACGCCGGAGCAAGAGCCCUCGGCGCCGUUCUCGUCGCAGCAGCCCCAGCCGGACACGCACUCCCCAGACUCCCCAGCGCCGAGCCCGCUUCGAGAGCCGAUCCCCUUCGCAUCCUUCGCAGAAGCCAGCUGCACAGCGGCGCCUGGUCGCCGAUGCCGCGCCAGCGGCUAUGAGUCCAUCGUCGAGUCCCGAGAGGGACGCCGUGGACGCAAAGGACACAGAGCACAAGGAGCACAAGGAGCACAAGCAGCACAAGGAGCACAAGGAGCACAUGGAGCCAGUGAAGGCAGCUACCAGUAGGCCCAGCUUCCGCGACUUCGUCCUGAAGCACGUGUCCGAUGAGGACUCUCCAGACUCCGUGCUGGACUUGUACCAGAAAGAGAUCAGCAAGUGGAUGAAGGAAGACCUGGAGACACUCAAGGACACGGGGCUCUUCUUUGACCUCUACCAUCCUCUCUCCCGGCUCCGGCGAUUUGACUCCCGCCUCAGCCUGGCGCAGCUGGGCGCGGCGGUCUUUGCGCAGGACCUUCGAGAGGGAAGGCGCCACCAAAGGGCGCGAUCCGGAGCAUCAUGUCCCGUAGCCGGACACCUGCAAGAACCGGAGUUUGCCUUUGACCCUGACGUUGACUGCUUGAUGAUCUGCCACCCGGCAGAAGUUCUCAGAGCAUUUCAGGACUGCACGGGCUUUUGCACUGCUGCCUGGACGCCCUUCAAUCCGAGCCUGGAGCGCAACUUCUACGCCAGACGGUUCGCUUCGGCCGCGGAUGCCACCGCAGCCGCCGUCAUUCUCAUGCGGACGCCGACACACCUUCUCUCGGACCAGGUCGGCUUGAGUGCGCUGGUGCUGCCCCAGGAGAUGUCUCUGCCGCAACGACUCCUGAAAGACCUGGACUGGUCCGAGCAGGUGAUCCAGCGCCUGGAUGGGCUGAUGCAGGACAUCACCAACCUGAUGUUGAACGUGGAGGGUUCCUCGGAAUUCAGACUGGAUGUGCGCAUUCUCUACCUUCGCCGCGUUCACCACUUUUGCUUCUACUCGGCGUGCUGGUGCGACGACGAGUGGUCCUUGCGCGACGCCUGCGGCGUCGCGGUUGUCAGAGAGCCGGCGCAGCCGGGCAGCGCUCCGGGAGCGUGGACCAGCUCCCACGAAGAGCGCUUGGAGAGGUUCUUGGCCAACGCGCAGCUCGGCUGCAGCAACGGACAUGAGAGCAGAAGUGCCAGGCAAUCAGGCAAGAAUCACAGAUGCCCAUGCCUGGACCAACCCCCCCCCCCCCCCCCCCCCACAUGGCCCUUCUUUCUGCCAAAGGUCGUUAGACCGGCCUGCAGACGUCCCGGACCACACCGAUGCCCGCAUUGCGCCGCGCACCUCGCAGGCCUCUGCAUGCCGUUCGAGGAGUUCACCUUGGGAUGUUCCCCCUUAUGCUAA